AAGAUCUUUACUUAAAGCAAGUUCCCUCCAUUCGAGCUACAUAAGCAAUUCACCCCGCCAUAGUUCCACGACCAUCGAAUAUCAUCCUACGCUAACGAGGUCCAUUGAAUUGUCACGCGGGGGUAGAAAGUAGAGGACGAACUGGAAGUCAAACAACCUCAGACGACCUCAAACGACUUGUUGCGAACCGUGACCGCGAACACCAAACACCCAACACCAAACACGGAACUGCCCUUGCUUUAUUCUCGAGGCAGAGAGAUGAUGCGCCUGCCGAGUUGAACGAAUUCCUCAACGUCGCGUCGAGACCACGGCGGACCUCCGCGAUAUAUUAUCUAUUAUAUAGGAUAGGGUGCGAGCCAUCGUCCUUGACCUCGUAUUACGAAUACCAUGGCGGAUCUCGAAGCGUCGACGCCCAGCCUAAGCCUGGCGAACGACGUUCGGAACGAGGUCAAGAAGCCGAAGAAGAAAAAGGUUCUUCUCAUGGGCAAGAGCGGUUCCGGGAAGUCGAGUAUGAGAAGUAUAAUAUUUAGUAACUAUAUCGCGCGAGAUACUCGGCGUCUUGGUGCGACAAUCGAUGUCGACCUCUCACAUGUCAAAUUCCUAGGGAACUUGACAUUAAACCUCUGGGAUUGCGGCGGUCAAGAAGCUUUUAUGGAAAACUACUUAUCGCAGCAGCGUGUCCACGUCUUCUCCAAUGUCGGUGUUCUCAUAUACGUCUUUGACAUUGAGUCUCGAGAUGUGGAUCGUGACAUGGCUACCUACGUUUCUAUCAUCUCCGCCCUGACCCAGUUUUCGCCCACCGCGAAGGUCUACGUGCUGAUUCACAAGAUGGAUUUGAUUACCCCGCAUGCCCGGGAAGCCGUGUUCGUGGAUCGCGUACGACUGGUUAGGCAGAAGACCUCCGAAUACAUCCAAGGCAUCGGAUACACCGGCGAAUUGGACCUCAUACCCUUUGCGACCUCGAUAUGGGAUCAGUCGCUGUAUAAGGCAUGGGCAAGCAUCAUUCACGAUCUAGUACCUAAUCUGUCCGUCAUCGAGUCGCAACUCGGGUCUCUGGGGGUAUUAAUUGAAGCUGAAGAGCUGCUUUUAUUCGAGAGAACUAGUUUCCUUGUCGUCUCUAACUGGACAUCCGAAGAGGGUCAGAAUAAUCCGACAGGGGAUCGACAAGAGCGUAUUUCGAACAUUCUCAAGCAUUUCAAGCAGAGUAUAAGUCGCUUUACCGGCACUCCUCGUAAUGCCGAGCAAUUCACUUUGAUGGAGCAUAAGGCGGGGUCCAGAUUCUCCAUGUUCGCUUGCAAGUUCACCACCAACACUUACCUCAUGGUCAUUCUCCCACCUGGCGAGGCGAGAUUCAAUUCCGCCAAGUUGAAUUGUCAGAUAGCUAGGGAGAGCUUCAAAUUCCUAGACGGACCUGUCACUGUCUCCGGGCCAGGUCAAAAUUUCAAUUCCUAGUUCAGCGAGCUGAGUGAAGAAGUAAGAUGUUAUGAUUGAAUUGACGACUUCGAAUACCAUGCGUAUUAAAUGCAACGAAUCCGAGGCACUUC